GUCAGUGGUCUCCUUGAAUAGCGUCUCCCCGAAUGCAGCCAUAUUCGGCCAGUAUAAACACUAUAAACAUUACGACAUGAGAUGAUAUCGAGGAUAUCGAAGGAAAUAGAUCGAGUAGUGGAGUUUGUGAAACGUCCAGAAACGCGAAUUUCAAAGUUUUAAAUUUUCAUAGUUCAUGGCGUGGCGAUUAUAGAGACAAGAAACGGAUUAAAUUUGGUAAAUAAUAAUACUGACGUACUAUGAGCACGACCCACUGAUCAACAUUGUGAUUGAUGCGACACUCGCCUGUGAUCUGAGACGUAUAGGUGGCCGAGAGAUAGCCUGGAUCCACGAAAUUCUUUUCUAAACCCAUACAUUUCAGCCGAAUACAUUUCAAAUGACAAAUACUAUGGGUGGAGCGCACUUAUAUACACCACAGUCCAUCUUACAACAGAUGAUGAACCAACAGAAUUUACAGCAGCAACAGAAUCUACAACAGAUUGGACCAUGGAUGCAAACACCACAAGUACCACCAAUAACUAUUCCCUGGAGUGUACCAGCAUUACAUCAAUCAGAAUUGGUUAGAUUUACUGGAGAGACCAGCUCUGGACCAAUACUUCAUCAGAAAAGAAAAUUAGAAGCACCAGAUGUUGUAGAUACGCGUCAAACAAAGCAGUUUAUAACAGAAGAAAAAAUAGCUGCACAUUUUAAAGAUCUGCACAUUAGUUCUAAUUAUGAAUCCGAGAAUCCGGUGCCAUCAACUUCUACUGUUCAUACAUCAUCUUCCUGUUAUAAGCCAUUAAAUAUGGAUUUGGAUGUCGAUGCAACAAAUGCAUUAAAUACAGAACAAACAAGCAAUCUACAUCCAAGAUUGGUCCUUUCAGAGGAACUCAAGCGAAUGCAAGAGGAACCUAUUUUGCCAUCGACUCUUAUAUCUAAAUUAGAGAGACCUUCUAUGGCUCUGGUUCUUUGGGAACCACCAAAUAGACAUCUCCGUAUCCUACCAACGAGAGAUACUCCAACGCCAAUUCCGAAUACAUCUGACGACAAUAAUAACAACAAUAAUGUUACUAUUCCCGAUCUAAAUAACAUAUUAUCCAGUGCCAGAUCAGCAUUCGAGCCAAUGGAGUUAUGA